AUGUUCGCUGUCGUUUACGAAAUAUUCCUCGGUCUUGACAUGGUACAUCAUAAGAAUAUCAUCUUGCUUCUAGCCCUUUGCAUUAGCAAUGGAUGUGUACUCGCCUAUUCUGUGAUGCAGUACAUAUCUAUUCAUAUGACCACCUUGACUAUUGGAGAAGACCGCGACUAUUACAAUCAACCACUGGUGGACAUAUCCAGAGAUUUGUGGAAAGAAAUCCAGCCUGCUGAGCUUCUGGUUCCCAUCACUGUCGGUAUCGCGACACUCCUCAUGUGGCCGAUCGCGUAUUGGGUUCACAGAGAAUUUUCUUGGGCUAUAUACCAGUAUGUUCAGGGGAGCCUUCAGAGUCGAAAACAAUAUAGAGGAUAUGAGGCAUAUCUCGUUCUAAUAAAAUUCGACUUCUUUUUCCUGGUGGGCUUUAUCAUUCAGUAUGACCUCAUUGGUGUCCACUUUGAGGAGCCUGAGUACUCCCUGACCUUAGCACUCAUUCCAGCCGCACUGCUGGUGAUGACUAUGGGCACAUAUUUUGUCCGACGUGAAUACAGAGUCCCCACAGCUAUUAUUGCAGUCUGUCGCCUAGGCAUUGCGGCCUACCUACUGAGUCGGAUCAUUGUUCUAUGUGGAAAGUCUUUACGCGCCCGUACACCAGGGAAGGAUAUGAUGCUGCUGUUUGGCAUUGUAUCAUUUGUGCUCUCCUGCCUCAUCAUUGUAUGCACGAUAUAUUGCAUACUGAACUUUGAACAUGGUCUCAAGUCAGUGUUUGCCCGGAAGGAACAAGUCGCUCGGAGGUCUUUCGUGUUCCAGGAGCUUCCAAGUCACACGAACAGUACUCGACAGUCUAGACUCUCCCUUGACUAA